AUGGGCCUCCUGUCGGACCCGGCGCGCCGCCGCGCGCUGGUGCGCCUGGUGCUGCGGCUGAACGCGCCGCUGUGCGCGCUGAGCUACCUGGCGGGCGCGGCGUGGCUGCUGGCGCUGGCCUUCCCGCCGCUCACGCAGCGCACCUACAUGUCGGAGAACGCCAUGGGCUCCACCAUGGUGGAGGAGCAGUUCGCCGGCGGCGAGCGCGCGCGCGCCUGGGCGAGGGACUUCGCGGCGCAGCGCCGGAAGGCGGGCGCGCUGCCGGCGGCCUGGCUGGAGCGCGCCAUGCGCGGCGUGGGGCUCGAGGUGCACACGCAGCGCUUCGCCCGCACGCUGCCCUUCCCCGACGAGGCCCGCGAGCGAUACAUGGUGUCCGGGACCAACGUGUAUGGCAUCCUCCGCGCCCCUCGCUCCGCCAGCACCGAGUCCCUGGUGCUCACCGUGCCCUGUAGCCCGGACGCAACCAACAGCCAGGCCGUGGGUCUGCUGCUGGCCCUCGCGGCCCACUUUCGGGGGCAGAUUUACUGGGCCAAAGACAUCAUCUUCCUGGUAACUGAUCAUGAUCUGCUGGGCACUGAGGCGUGGCUGGAAGCCUACCAUGAUGUCAACGUUACCGGUAUGCAGUCAUCCCCGCUACAGGGCCGGGCCGGGGCUAUCCAGGCAGCUGUGGCCCUGGAACUGAACAGUGACGUGAUCACGAGCCUUGACGUGGUAGUGGAGGGCCUCAACGGGCAGCUGCCCAACCUUGACCUACUCAACCUCUUCCAGACCUUCUGCCAGAAAGGGGGCCUGCUGUGCACGCUGCAGGGCAAGCUGCAGCCGCAGGACUGGACGUCAGCGGACGGGCCACUGCAGGGUCUGCAGACGCUGCUGCUCAUGGUUUUGCAGCAGGCCUCCGGCCGCCCACAUGGCCCCCACGGCCUCUUCCUGCGCUACCGCGUGGAGGCCCUGACCCUCCGCGGCAUCAACAGCUUCCGCCAGUAUAAGUAUGACCUGGUGGCUGUGGGCAAGGCUCUGGAGGGCAUGUUCCGCAAGCUCAACCACCUCCUGGAACGCCUGCACCAGUCCUUCUUCUUCUACCUGCUCCCCGGUCUGUCCCGCUUCGUCUCCAUCGGUCUCUACACACCCGCCGCUGGCUUCCUGCUCCUGGUCCUUGGCCUCAAGGCUCUGGAGCUGUGGAUGCAACUGCACGAGGCUGGCGUGGGUAGUGAGGAGGCUGCCAGCCCCUCUGGGCCUGGCCCUGCCCUGGCCCCCACACAGGGAGUGGGGCUGGCCUCACUCGUGGCUCCCGUGAUCAUCUCGCAGGCCAUGGGUGUAGCGCUCUAUGUGCUGCCAGUGCUGAGCCAGCAUGUGGCCACACAGCACUUUCCCGUGGCCGAGGCCGAGGCUGUGGUACUGACCCUGCUGGCCAUUUACGCGGCUGGCCUGGCGCUGCCACACAACACCCACUGGGUGGUGAACGCGCAAGCUUCAGACCGGGGCUGGAUGGCGCUAAAGCUGGGCGCCCUCAUCUACCUGGCCCUGCAGCUGGCCUGUAUCACCCUCAUGAACUUCUCGCUGGGUUUCCUGCUGGCCAUCACCAUGGUGCCCACUGCUGCCCUCGCCGAGCCCCGGGGGCCCCGGGCACUCUACGCCAUCCUGCUGGUGCUGACCAGCCCAGUGGCCACUCUCCUGGGCAGCCUGUUUCUGUGGCGGGAGCUGCAGGAGGCGCCGCUGACACUAGCCGAGGGCUGGCAGCUCUUCCUGACGGCGCUGGCUCAGGGUGUGCUGGAGCACCACAUCUAUGGAUCCCUGCUCUUUCCGCUGCUCGCACUGGGCCUCUAUCCCUGCUGGCUGCUCUUCUGGAACGUGCUCUUCUGGAAGUGAGGCGCUGGGCAGCGGGGCAGGACAUGCCCACCCAGAGCUCCGGCAUCCUUGCUGUCUUCAGGAAUAAACAGGGCAUUGGUCUCCUACCUCCACAAGGGCUGCUGGCCUGAGCUGUGCAUUGGGGAGCCAGUGAAGAGGACUCUGUUCUCACACAGUUCAGUUUGGGGGGAGCCUUGGCAGGGAUUGGGAGGUCCUGGUGCGUGCUCCUGAGGUAUAAGGGGCAGGAAAGGAGCAGCUCAGGCAUGGGCUGGAGCCAAGUGGGAGCCGAGGCAGCAGCAGCCUGGGAGGCAUCCUGGAGGGAGGCUUCAGUGCCUCUGCCCAGGGGCCUCCCCUCUUCACAGGUGCCCCCCUGCCAGCACCUCCAGGCCAGCCUCAGUUGGCCACAGAGACUGGUUGGCUGAUAUACCAGAAAGAACAGCUGUCUUUGUUUUUUUAAUAAAAUUAUUUAAUUGAC